GUGGCCAGAACUUUUCCUAUAUAUGGAACAACUUGAGGAUUUUGUGUUACGUUUUUUUGUCGGAAAUAGUCAAUCCUUUUACGACAACGUUCCUCCUGCAUCGUGCUGGUUGUCAGAAUUUAAUUCUACUUGUCCCAUCCGUUUGCUUGCUGAGUGACAACAACAGAUCAAUACCGUCAGGUUGGGUCACAUGAAGUCACGUGAUCUAUGGCGGCGCGGUGAGAGCAGUCGACGCGAGUCUCUGUUGAGAAGCGGGCUGCAUUCUUAUUUCAACUUGACGGCAAUCCGUUCUCUUGGAACUGGGUAGUGGUUGCAGUGGUGGUCUACCGUGACAUUGCAUCAUGGGAAACUUCGGAGGUCAUACCCUGCCUGGGUCGUUCUUCAUCAUCUUCGCCUUGUGGUACUUAGUUCGAUUGUUCCAGUCGUACUACAGCAGUAGGCAGAGAAAUACCCGUUUUACCUCCAGGGUCAUGAUGACCUGCCCGUGUCUGCCCGGCCGCUUAAAAGUUUUGCCAAUUGAAGCCUUUGUGAAAAUAUUCCUGAUUUCUAUUGGUUUCAGUCUGGAAAUAUAUACUGGAAUGAGUCAUGGAAAAUUCGUGGCUGUUGGAAAUGGGCAACAUGCAACAAUGUUUUUCUUUUUCGGCUUCACAGGUGUUGUUGACAUUCUUCAAUAUUACCGUGCCCCGAUACCCCCAAAUGCAGAAUACAUAAGCUAUUUUAUGGCCUUUAUCGUUGAAGGAUUACUGUUCAAGUUUCACCUCCAUGGAAGGUCAGAGUUGGAUGUGUUAGUUCACACUUUCUUGGUCUAUGUCAUUUUUACCAGCGCCAUAAGUGUCCUUGUUGAGAUGCGUUUCAGACAUCAUAUAUUGGCCUCUGUGAUGAGAUCAUACCUUAUCCUACUUCAAGGAACGUGGUUUUGGCAGGUUGCAUUUAUUCUGUUCAAUCCCAUAGAAGGUGCAUCACCAUGGAAACAGGAUGACCAUCAGCAUAUGAUGAUAGCAACACUAUACUUUACGUGGCACUGUGGAGUGAACUUCGUGAUUGUGCUUCUUAUUGGAGCAGUCAUCGCUUGCUGUUAUGGUCGUGCAAAGGCGGAUAUCCAUGACGACGAUGAGAUGAGUAUGAAGAGGCUGAUCCAUACUGGUGCAAAUGGACAGACAUUUGUCAGCUUGAAUGAUGAAAGUGACAGUGAUGUUGAAUUUCAGAAACCUGUUGCCAAAUAGCAACUGAAGCACCAUCCACGUGUCUGUUUAUAUUUAAAGCACAUUUUGUAAGAAUGGCAUUGCAAUUGUGGUGAUAGAAAAUGAGAUUUGACAUGAUUUGAAUUUAAUGCGAUGAUGUAGUGAUACAAAAAUAUUUCUGACAUUUAUUUCAUGUUAUUGUUGGAUCUGCAGUAUUCCCCACUGAACUUCUUGUAUAGAUAACGACUGAAGCAUCUUAGGGAUUUUGUUGCUUUUGUAACCAGCUGGCCAGGGAAUACCUCAAUCUUGCAUUUAAGUUUGUUGAUAUUUACUGGCAAAGUCGUCUUCUCUUGUUCGUUCACAUGAAGCGAUACAAUGUCGUUUACUUACACCAUGAAAAAAAUUGACGAAAGUGUAACCCGUAAAUAAGCUGAGUCCCUUCUACAGACUUCUUUUUUGGGUCCUCAAAAGUCAACUUAUCUACGGUAAUUAACGGUACCUUGCAUCAUAAAGUUGGUUCAGCAUACCUCAGCAUUCUUGAAGUCUAUGUUCAGAGACAUUUCUUCCUCAGGAACUUUUAAUUUUUAAAAGGGAAUUAAAAUAAUUUGAAGAAACAUGUAAUCAGAGAAAGAAACAGUACAUCACAGGCAUUUCAAGUAAAUGACUUGAGACAACCAAUACCAUUUUAUUCUCCUAAAGAGACAUAUAGUUUGUUCCCAUAGUGACCAAUUGAAGAAAAUAACAUUACAAUAUUUUACAUGAAGCAAAACUGAACAUGUUUAAGAUUUGAGACUGGGGUUUGCUAUGUGAUAAUAUGUAAGUAAUCCUCUCAAGCCAGUAAAUAUCUGUUUUGACCUACCAGUCUCUACUGAUGGCUGAAGUUUGUGGUUGAUACGUUGAGAGACCUGGUGAAAAUGGGAUAUUAGGAUGAUAUGAUUGUAAACAUUUGGAAUGUUGAUUAGCCUUCUUUCAGCUGCAAUUGUUUGUAAUACAUGUAUAUGUUAUAUUUGGGAUUACACUUUCUUAGUAAAGUACAAAUUCUAGUACUUUUGUUGGGUUGA